GAGCUGUAUUGUUCUUUGCCCAGCCCUAGGAAUGUCCAUUUUAAAUCUAUAAACAUGAAGAAUGUCCUUCACUGGUCAGCACCAGAAGGCACAGGAGAUGGAGUACUCUACAAGGUGAAGUAUUCAGUAUAUGGUGUUGGCAAAUGGAUUAGAAAGCCAGAAUGCAGGAAUAUCAACAGAACAUGGUGUGACCUCUCCAGCGAGACCUCUGACUAUGAAGAACAAUACUACGCGAGUGUUAAAGCCUUCCUAAAUGGGAUGUGCUCUGACUGGAUGGACAGCACACGAUUUAACCCUCUUACAGACACUAAAAUUGAUCCACCCAUGGUAAAUGUAUCUUCUACUGAGAAAUCUAUUUCAAUCAUUCUGACUGCUCCUGAGAAGUGGAAGAGAAGUCCUGAGGAAGAAUCCAUCUCUCUGCUUCAAGUGUAUCCUGGCUUGCAAUACAACGUGUCUGUCCUCAACAAAAAAACAAAGAAGCGGUGGUGGUUCUCCAUCAGCAACAACACUUUGGUUGUGCCCUGGUUAGAACCUGGAACAGCUUAUUGUGUCAGCGCACAGAUACAUGUCACCACACCACUUUUGCACAGUGGGUUCUCCAAAGAAUAUUGCAUUGCUACCUUGAAAGAUAAAACAGCAGAUGAGACUAUAACAAUCGUAUUUGGAUGUGUUCUGCCUGUCACGCUGGCUGUCCUUUUUAUUUCAAUGACAUGCUAUUGUGUGCACAGGUAUAUUCACGUCAGCAAACAGAAACAUCCAACAAACCUGGUAUGGCACUACACUGACAAAUGCAAGGAAAAGGUUUUCAUACCAUAUGAAAAAAUAAUGGUCAACCUUAUCACUGUUAACGUGGAUGAGUACAAGCCAUGUCAGGAAUCCAGUCAUCUACCAGAAAGGAAAAGUCCCCAUUAUUACACCGUUUACAAUGGCACCGAAGGGAAGGAUAUGCCUUCAAAAGAAGUGCUGGAAACAAAACACUUGCUUGAUAUUUCACAUGAAGAGAUUUCACGCGAAGAGGAUAUUUUAGCGGAAGGGGACCAAACUGGGAACUGGCCAUCUUAUGGCCAGCCUGGAACAAAGAAUACUUUGAGACAGCAAAGUGCAGGGACUGUAGAGUAUGAACAUGAUGUAAGGGCUGAAGACUUCAGUCCUGGUCAGAAACCAGAAGAGAAGUCUUCUUCCCCCAGGGGACUACUAGGUGAGCCACAGAUUGCUUUGGGGGACUUGGUUAGUAUGAAAACAGGACAGGCAUAUUGCCCCCAACUAGAGGUGAGGGCAGCAGACCCUUCUUUGGGACAGAAAAUAGAGGAACUUGAUUUGAAGGUGGUUGAUGCAGCAGAUGAAUUGCCCGGUGAGACCCAUCUCAACUUGGUGGACUUGGAUACUGAAAAAUCUGGGCAGACAUCCUAUCCUCAGCUGGAAAAAAUAGCACAGGACCUCAUGGAGAGAGAGGGUGAACAGACCAUAUUAGUAGAUUGGGAUCCUCACACGGGAAGACUGUAUAUUCCCACCUUGUCCAGUGUUGAAAAUCAGGUCUGUGAAGGAGUAUUCAAGUGUGACAAUCCUGACAAAGAGGGAAUUUUGUCCAGAUUGUAUGAGAAAGAGGUAUCUGAUGAAUCAUCAGAGGACCAAGAAAUGUAUCUCCUGCAAUUCAAGGAACAAUGGGGACUGCAUGUAGAAAUGGAAGACUGA